AUGUGGGCUUGCUGGCUUCUACUGCUCGCCUGCUGGACGCCGAUUCACGCACAAAUACCGUAUCCGGGAACGUCGAAGGAAGCAUGGGUGUAUUGCGAGAUGAAACCGGCGCGGUCGUCGCUAACGUGGCCCGACGGAAAGCAAACGGUGUGGACGCCGGCGGUGAUGUUCCAUUUUAAAUCCGAGAAACAAGAAACAUGCAUCGUGUGCAAGUGCCACAAAAUUUGGCCAACCGACAUUCAUCCAAUCCACGGCUGGCGAUGGGACGGCACGCCGGAGGACUGGGAGGCCCGCAUUGGCAAGUGGUGCGUUUUUCGCGUGGACGCCGAGGCGAAUAGGGCCUACCCGCUGCUGAAGUGCAUGCUAAAUGUGACACGUCAAGGGGAUUACUGCACAUUGAGCGAAUGGUCCCGUCCAGUCGACGAAGAAACUGAACCCGAUGCCGAUGUUUGGCGGCAGUACUACAGCUUGUAUCCGGAAAAUGUGAACCUCACAGAGCACAUGUACCCUCCCUGGCUCUCUCCCACAAACUUCACCACCCCCGCCGUGCAGGCUGAUGAUGAUAUACCCUUCGAGACAUACUAUUAUACCGGGAUGAUCAUCGCCAUUCCCCUGACCAUCUUCAUCACCGUCCUUGCCUGCGUGUACUUCGGAAUUGCGAAAAGGGCCGAGACGCUUGAGGGUUCUGAGCGCGCCACUUCCAACUCUGAUGACCCGUCGGACCCGCCGACUGCCUCUGAAAAAGCCCCCGAGACGACGCCAGCU